AUGGCAGACGGACGGUCGGUUAAGCUCGGCCAUCGGCCACCUGGCAGAAAUAGCAGCCAUGGAUACGGCCCCGCCGACUCGACAUUUCCUUCGAGCGUGUACGAGCGUAAGAGAAAUGAAGCAAUCGAGGGACGAUUGCACGAUAAAACAAUUUCAGACACGUGUGUUGCCUCUGGCGAUAUUUGUAGAAUCUGUCACAUGGGCGGACAUGCGUCCAUCGCGGACAACCAUCAGUCGUGCGACUUGGAAAAUCAGGACGAUCAGACAUCGACACCGUCGAACUUGGUCUCUCUCGGUCCUUUGAUCUCGGCUUGCAAGUGCCGAGGUACGGUGGCUUUGGUGCACGCAGAGUGCCUCGAGAGAUGGCUAACAGAGUCUGGACGCGCGAGAUGCGAACUCUGCGGCCACAAAUAUGCGAUCAGGAGGGUACGGCGUUACAGCCUCUUUCGUAGCGUCGUAAUAUGGUUUCGCACUGUAAUAGCAACUCGACAGAUGCUGCUCGACAUCGGGUAUUUGGUGAUGACCACGCCCGUGGCUGUAUUUUCCUGCUACGUGUGCGCCUUGGCCUUGAAAAUGUUACUGCGAAACGGCUUUUACGAGAUAUCCUGGAUGAUAGUCGCUAUGCUGCCAACCUGCUUAUUGACGCUGAUAGCUUACUGGCGCUGGAUAAUUACAUUAGGGAGAUUGCACGGCCACCGAUGGAGACGUUACUGGAGAAACAACUUCGUGGUUCGCUUGAUUCCCGAUAACGACGCCGAGAACAACAUCGAUCUGCAAAGAUCGAGCAGUCGUUUCGACGUGCUAGACGAUUUCGAGCAGUGGAGAAUCGAAGAGAUCGAGGAGCUGACAUGACUUUCAAUCAUGUCAAUCACGAGUCAGGAAUAACCUUUUAAUUACGUCAACCGUUCACUAUUUUUACAUCCACUCUCGUUGUCGGAAUACAACUGUACUACAUUUAAUUGCAUUUUAUUAACUCGACACAUCAAUUGAAACUCAUUGCCGCGUAACGAAGACGAUUCAGAGUUAAAUUAAGAUGCGCGCAGUCCGACCCGGAAUGCUUCCGGAAAUGCACGUGCUCGGAUUUUCAUAGUAUUAUUUUGAAUACUUUGUACUUUUUUUUUUAUUUUUGAUACUAGUGCUUGAUUAAAAUAAUUUGAAGAUCAUCAACGCCUUGACAUUUU